CCACCGUCGAGGAGACCCCGGCCGCCCCCUGUGCGCAGGAGCGGCGCCAGAAAACAUCACCAACAGUCUCUACAUGAUGUGGCUUCUGGGGCCUCAAGGACUGCCACCUUACACGUGCACAGUGGAGAAGGCAGGAAUGGAGACACAAAUACCACAGCUUCCGUUCUGUCACUAAUCACUUUGUAGACAUGUUUCUCCAUCACAGUGUAUGAACUGCACUGAAGGGGUAAAAUUCUUGGGGCCUCUAAAUCACCCACACCCUUGUCUCUCUCCUUGGAGAGACGGCAGAGCCAUGGUGUUAUACAGCAACUGUUUGAUCCUCUGGGCACUGGCCUGGCUCUCCUCUGCCUAUGGGCCUGAUCAGCGAGCCCAGAAGAAAGGGGACAUUAUCCUUGGAGGCCUUUUUCCUAUACACUUUGGAGUAGCAGCUAAAGAUCAAGACCUAAAAUCAAGACCAGAAUCCGUAGAGUGUAUCAGGUAUAAUUUCCGUGGAUUUCGCUGGUUACAAGCUAUGAUAUUUGCCAUAGAGGAGAUAAACAGCAGCCCAGCUCUUCUUCCCAAUAUGACACUGGGAUACAGGAUAUUUGAUACUUGCAACACCGUUUCUAAGGCCUUGGAGGCCACUUUGAGUUUUGUUGCUCAGAACAAAAUCGAUUCUUUGAAUCUGGAUGAGUUCUGCAACUGCUCGGAGCACAUCCCUUCAACGAUUGCUGUGGUGGGAGCCACAGGUUCAGGCGUCUCUACAGCUGUGGCCAACCUGCUGGGGCUCUUCUACAUUCCCCAGGUCAGCUACGCCUCCUCCAGCAGACUCCUCAGCAACAAGAACCAGUUCAAAUCCUUCCUCCGCACCAUCCCCAAUGACGAACACCAGGCCACUGCUAUGGCAGACAUCGUCGAGUAUUUCCGCUGGAACUGGGUGGGCACAAUCGCCGCUGAUGAUGACUACGGUCGGCCAGGGAUUGAGAAGUUCCGGGAGGAAGCCGAAGAGAGGGACAUCUGUAUCGACUUCAGUGAACUCAUCUCCCAGUACUCGGAUGAGGAAGAGAUCCGGCACGUGGUGGAGGUGAUCCAGAACUCCACAGCGAAGGUCAUUGUUGUUUUCUCCAGUGGCCCAGACCUGGAACCCCUCAUCAGGGAGAUCGUCAGGCGCAACAUCACCGGCAGGAUCUGGCUGGCCAGUGAGGCCUGGGCCAGCUCCUCCUUGAUCGCCAUGCCCCAGUACUUUCACGUGGUUGGAGGCACCAUCGGAUUUGGCCUGAAGGCUGGGCAGAUCCCAGGGUUCCGGGAAUUCCUGCAGAAAGUGCACCCCAGGAAAUCUGUGCACAACGGUUUUGCCAAGGAGUUUUGGGAAGAAACAUUUAACUGCCACCUCCAAGAAGGUGUUAAAGGACCUGUGCCUGUGGACAGCCUUCUGCGAGGUCAUGAAGAAAGUGGCGGCAGGGUAAGCAACAGCUCCACUGCUUUCCGACCUCUCUGUACCGGGGACGAGAACAUCAGCAGCGUGGAAACCCCUUACAUAGAUUACACGCACUUACGGAUAUCCUACAACGUGUACUUGGCCGUCUACUCCAUUGCGCAUGCCCUGCAAGACAUAUACACCUGCUUACCCGGAAGAGGGCUCUUCACCAAUGGCUCCUGUGCAGACAUCAAGAAGGUUGAGGCUUGGCAGGUCCUGAAGCACCUACGUCACCUAAACUUUACCAAUAACAUGGGGGAACAGGUGACUUUUGAUGAGUGUGGUGACCUGAUGGGGAACUAUUCCAUCAUCAAUUGGCACCUCUCCCCAGAGGAUGGCUCCAUUGUGUUUAAGGAAGUUGGGUAUUACAAUGUCUAUGCCAAGAAGGGAGAGAGACUCUUCAUCAAUGAGGAGAAGAUCCUGUGGAGUGGAUUCUCCAGGGAGGUGCCCUUCUCCAACUGCAGCAGAGACUGCCUGGCAGGGACCAGGAAAGGGAUCAUUGAGGGGGAGCCCACCUGCUGUUUUGAGUGUGUGGAAUGUCCUGAUGGGGAGUACAGCGAUGAGACAGAUGCCAGUGCCUGUGACAAGUGCCCGGAUGACUUCUGGUCCAACGAGAACCACACUUCCUGCAUUGCCAAGGAGAUCGAGUUUCUCUCCUGGACGGAGCCCUUUGGCAUCGCGCUCACCCUCUUCGCCGUGCUAGGCAUUUUCCUGACAGCUUUUGUGCUGGGUGUCUUCAUCAAAUUCCGAAACACUCCCAUCGUCAAGGCCACCAACCGUGAGCUCUCCUACCUCCUGCUCUUCUCCCUGCUCUGCUGCUUCUCCAGCUCCCUGUUCUUCAUCGGGGAACCCCAGGACUGGACGUGCCGCCUGCGCCAACCAGCUUUUGGCAUCAGCUUUGUGCUGUGCAUCUCUUGUAUCCUGGUGAAAACCAACCGCGUGCUCCUGGUGUUCGAGGCCAAGAUCCCCACCAGUUUCCACCGCAAGUGGUGGGGCCUCAACCUGCAAUUCCUGCUGGUGUUCCUGUGCACCUUCAUGCAGAUUGUCAUCUGCGUGAUCUGGCUGUACACCGCGCCCCCCUCCAGCUACCGCAACCACGAGCUGGAAGACGAGAUCAUCUUCAUCACCUGCCACGAGGGCUCGCUCAUGGCACUGGGCUCCCUGAUCGGCUACACCUGCCUGCUGGCCGCCAUCUGCUUCUUCUUUGCCUUCAAGUCCCGGAAGCUGCCGGAGAAUUUCAACGAAGCCAAGUUCAUCACUUUCAGCAUGCUCAUCUUCUUCAUCGUCUGGAUCUCCUUCAUCCCCGCCUACGCCAGCACCUAUGGCAAGUUUGUCUCUGCCGUGGAGGUGAUCGCCAUCCUGGCAGCCAGCUUUGGCCUGCUGGCCUGCAUCUUCUUCAACAAAGUCUACAUCAUCCUCUUCAAGCCUUCCCGCAACACCAUCGAGGAGGUGCGCUGCAGCACCGCCGCGCACGCCUUCAAGGUGGCCGCCAGGGCCACGCUGCGCCGCAGCAAUGUCUCCCGCAAGCGCUCCAGCAGCCUCGGGGGCUCCACGGGCUCCAUCCCCUCCUCCUCCAUCAGCAGCAAGAGCAACAGCGAAGACCCCUUCCCGCAGCCUGAGAGGCAGAAGCAGCAGCCGCCGCCGCUGGCCCUAACCCAGCACAAGCAGCAGCAGCAGCAGCAGCAGCAACCCCUAGCCCUCCAGCCUCAGCCCCUGCAGCAACAGCCGCCCAGAUGCACACAGAAGGUCAUCUUCGGCAGUGGCACGGUCACCUUCUCUCUGAGCUUCGACGAGCCUCAGAAGAACGCCAUGGCUCACAGGAAUUCCACACCUCAGAACUCUCUGGAAGCUCAGAAAAGUCAUGAGGCCCUGACCAGACACCAAGCUCUGCUCCCACUGCCUUGUGAGGACACAGACUCAGAACUGACCAUCCAGGAACCUGGCAAGGGGGGAGGGUUUGCAGGAGGGGACUGCCAGCCAGAGAUGGAGGAUCCUGAAGAGAUGUCCCCAGCACUUGUCAUGUCCAAAUCCAGGAGCUUUGUCAUCAGCGGUGGAGGCAGCACGGUCACAGAAAACAUCCUGCAUUCAUAACAGGAGCGAAGGCUGCCCGGGUGUCUGGGGAAUCGCAGAGAUAAGAGAUUGCCUGAGGAUGCCUUUCCUCUGAGACAGUAGAGAGAGCAAGCACACCCAGACACAAAUUCAGCUGCAUCGCUUUACACCACAGAGAAAUGCCCAAGGCUCCCUUGGAGAUUAAAAGCCAUGCGCUUCUGUGGUCAUUUGUUAGAGGGCUGCAUCCAGUCUGCUGCCAUCCACCUUCCAGUCCUUUCCUCUGCUCUCGCCUACAGCUCAGAGAUGAAGCCAAGGCUUCAAGCUUCCUAUCUGCUCCUCCUUUAACAAUGCGUGUAUAUAAAUAGUGAUGUAUACUGAAAAUCAUGGCCAGCCAUAAUCGGAAUCAUGGCCCCCCACUCCAAAACAUAUGGACUGAUGCGACAGCAGAUUUACCACUGCUAGAGUUGAGUCUACAUGACACAAUGUCACCAGGUUGACCCAACACUUUGACAAGAGAAAGAACUUAGUUGUUCAAAAACAUCAGGGGGAUGUGUCCUUUGUAUUUAUGAAAACUGUAAGCUAUUUAGUCUCCUACUUAUUUGCUGCUAUCAUGUACAUCUAGGAAGUGUGUGCAUCCUUUCUCUUGCAAAAUGUCUGGUUUUCUGUGAUAGUUAUGCCCUGUGUAGAUGUCAGGUUCACAGAGCAUCACCUCCAAUUGUUGCAUAAUAAACCGAAUGAGUUGUAUCUGUAAUUAAUAUUGCUAUAUGUACUUUUAUCCUUAAGCGAACUGCUUCUGUUGUAAUGGUCCAUGGAUGAGCUAAACUAAAAAACAGUCACAGUCUGCUUUCUACAAGACAGUAUUAUUGAGCUCCAUUUUCCUUUCCCCAUGAGCAGAGCCAUGCCUGACCCUCUUGGAGUAUCAGUUCGGGAAGUUCCUGCCAUCUUUGUCCCAAUGGCUUUCUAAAGCCAAAUCUAUACCUGACUAUGGAGAAUAAGCUCCCACUCUCUGUUCCACUAACAAUUGCUGGGAGGAAGAAAAAAAAACAUGGUUUCAGUGAGCUCUACCCCAUAAAUGGCAUAACAGAGUUCUCUCCAGCAUUGGAACUCAAUGUGUUAAGUGGUCAUCUUAUACUUCAAUGCUGGACCAGAGGGACCAGGGUUCAAGUCCUGACUUGGUCACUUGCAAGCUAGGUGACUGAUUAUAGACAUCUAGCACCUCUGUACGCCUCAGCUUCUUUGUCUCUAAAGUGGGGAUAAUUGUGAUCCUUUUCUCUCAGAGCUCUUCUGUGGAUUAAAUGAGAUAAUGUAUGUAAAGUACUUUAGUUCAGUGCCUAACAUCUA